CCCGGCGGCCGCCUCUGAACCGGACGCCAUGGACGCGAUCUACCGCUACGACGAGGCGGCCAACGCGCGGGCCCACCAGGAGAAGCCCUGGGCCACCGACCCGCACCACUUCCGCCGCGCCAGGAUCUCCGCCCUCGCGCUCCUCAAGAUGGUCGUCCACGCCCGCGCCGGCGGCACCAUCGAGAUCAUGAGCCUCAUGCAGGGCAAGUUCCAGGGCGACUCCAUCAUCGUCAUGGACGCCUUCGCGCUCCCCGUCGAGGGCACCGAGACCAGGGUCAACGCCCAGGCCGACGCCUACGAGUACAUGGUCGAGUACUCCACCAUCAACAAGCAGUUUUGGGUGGGUGGAUUACCAGGAAAUGCUGCUAAUUUGGUGUAUAUAUGCGUCUUGCGGUUAGGUGCAUCAACUUGUUAUGGAUGCUGGCUGUCAGGUAUUGAUGUUUCAACUCAGAUGCUUAAUCAGCAGUUUCAAGAACCAUUCUUGGUUGUUGUGAUAGACCCUACAAGGACUGUUUUUGCUGGUAAAGUGGACAUUGGAGCUUUUAGGACAUAUCCAAAAGAUUACAAGCCACCGAAUGAGCCUGUGUCUGAGUAUCAGACCAUACCACUCAACAAGAUAGAAGAUUUGGGUGUUUUAUACUAUUCUUUGGAUAUAACCUAUUUCAAGUCAUCACUGGACUCUCACCUCCUUGAUCUACUCUGGAACAAGUACUGGGUCAACACAUUGUCUUCGUCACCACUUCUGGGUAACAGGGAUUAUGUUGCUGGACAAAUCUUUGAUUUAGCUGAUAAACUAGAGCAAGCUGAAGGGCAACUCGCACACAGUCGAUUUGGCAUGCUUAUGCCAUCACAGCGAAAGAAAGAGGUCAGUUUCUGUGUUCAUGCCCUUUAAACUUGGUUAUCCUCAGUGUACACCACUGU